UGCUGCGUCUCAUUUCGUUCGUUUCGUUUGCGACUGACAGCUACAUUCAAAAAAGAAAAUAUGAAAUCGAUAAUCCCACUGUGUCUACUUGCCCUGUCUGUGGCCCAGGACACCCAGGAUGAAGAGGAUAAACGUCUCCCGUACACAUGUUAUGUGAACGAAGUAAAUGCCACGAUUGAUCGUUACCGCGAGACUGAGUCAAACACUACCUCCCACCAUUUCGUCUUCAACGAAAACGGCACCAUGUAUGAAGCUGAUGGCUAUAUCAUAAACGAAGACAGCGACGGUGAAUACCUGAAAGUAUUUGGUUUAGUUUAUUCCUGGGACAAAGGACAAAUACCAUCCCAUUUUAAGGAUUACUACCGCCAGUAUUUUGAAGAUAAGAAGGGAUAUACACCUGAUCUCCAAUUGCGAUGCCCAAUAAUUUUGAGUGCUCCUAUCGGUGUUCUUCAAAGUCUUGUUCUCGGAAAAUAGAUGCAGUUUGUUUUUUUAAUUAAA